AUGGAGUCCGACAACUCCAUGUCUGUAUUGCUUCCAAUGGUGUCCAUGAUGCUCUUGCUCGUGUUUGGUGGUGGCUUGUGGUUCUUACGCACUCGCAAUCAAUUUCAAAGUGCGUCGGAGUCUUUUCUUGCCAGAAUGCUUUUACAGGAUCAAGAGACGAUUACAAGGCUCGAUAUUGAGCGUGGAGAAGCACAAGCAGAGCGGUGGAAGUGCUCAGUCUGCGAGUUUAGCAAUGCCAUGGAUCGUCCGUCUUGUAUGCUGUGUGGCACGAAAAACUCUAAGCGCGAAGAUCUUCGGCUUAAACAAUCAAUAGCAGGACGCGAUGAACGCGUAAGCUCUGCAGGUUCCAUAACAAUGCUCACUAGACCGUCGCUGGUGGCACAGCGGUCGUCCGUUCUUAGUGCUGGUAGUAGACAGUCCUUACGACCGUUGCGUCUGUCGACGCUUAAUCCUCGACAAAAAUACGCGCGGCGACGCAAAGAGUGGGUCCGAUGUCUUGGCGAAGAUGGAGAUUCGGCGUUCUGGACAAGAGCGGACGCCGCAGCAGCGGCUAGACGAUUGACUGUCGUGAGUGGCGCAACUGCCUCUGGUCGCGUGUCAACUGGUUUUGUUACGCACAUGGUUCGUCGCUCGUCUAUGAUGGGAGAUCUUGGACGCCUUACGUUUGCAGAUGCGUCGCAACUAGACGCAGCCGUGACAAUUAGUGGCUAUAAACUCACGGCACGAGAAUUAGCCUUAUUGGAUCGUGUAUCACGCCUAGCAUUUCCAAAGAAAUAUGCUUGGUUUUUGGAACGGAUGGGGGCAUUAUUGCGACCGUGGGAAGAAGGUCGGAUUAAACUACGUGUUAAACGUGAACAUAUUCUAGUUGAGAGUAUGGAACAGUUGUUGGGCAUUCAACCGGAACAUAUCCAUUUUCCACUUCGUAUAGAAUUUGUAGGAGAAGCUGGGAUCGAUGCCGGCGGAUUGCAACGAGAAUGGUUUUCUAUUUUAUUUGGUCGCUUACUCGACGAUGAAUUGGGGCUCUUUAUGACGUGUCACCGCCACACGCAAGCCGUGGCGAUCAAUCCGCACUCGGAAGACUGCACAGCCGAUCACUUGCUAUAUUUUCGUGGAAUUGGUCGACUGCUCGGUCGGGCGCUUCUGGAAGGACAGACCAUGCAAGCGCGAUUGUGUCUCCCAAUGCUCAAACAUUUUCUUGGAACACCGAUCACGUUUUCUGAUUUGCAAUACGUCGACCCAGAAGUCUACACGAGUAUGGUGUGGAUGCGAGAUAACGAUGGAGUUGACGCUUUAGAGCUCACAUUCUGCGUGACCGAGCUGCGUGCCGAUGAUGAAGUCGUGACAAUCGAUUUGGUUCCUGAAGGAAGAGACAAGCCUGUGACGGACGCCAAUAAACUAGAAUUUCUUCAUCUGAAGUUGCGAUAUCUAAUGCUCGACCGUUAUGCUCCUCAGUUACAAGCUUUGUCACUUGGAUUGUUUGAAAUAAUCCCACAAGAAGCACUGCUGGUCUUUGACUACCAAGAACUGGAACUUGUGCUCUGUGGCUUGCCUGAAAUCGAUAUGGUUGACUGGAAGAGCAACACAGUCGUUGCUCCUAGCUUCAGUGAUGCUCCUCAAGUUGUCGACUGGUUUUGGGACAUUUUGCAACGAUUUACAGAAGACGAACGUGCACGAUUCUUACAGUUUUCAACUGGUUCGUCGCGCGUACCUGUACAAGGGUUUAAGGGUUUGACGAGCUACGAUGGACGCAUCUGUCCCUUCUCGUUAAGACCCUUACCGAAUCAAAUUCGUGGCUUCCCGAAAGUUCAUACGUGCUUCAAUCGCGUGGAGCUGCCAUUGUAUACAAGCAAGACCGAGAUGGAGACUGCACUUUACGCAGUGCUUGAUAUGGAGUGGACAGAGUUUAGCGAAGAGUGA